UUUGUUCAGAGUUUGUCUUUCGACAUUUUCAAGUUGAUAUAUAACGGAAGAACUAGGUUUAGCGUAUAAUAUGAACGUUUACAAUAUCUUUAGAACAUGGAACUGCAGGAUUUUGAGCUUUUGAGCAGCUGUAUCUAGUAAAACGUUUGUGGUUUCGUCCAGUUGAAGUCAAUGGAGGAGAUCAGACUCCCCAGAUCCAGCUGUGCAUCUUCAUGAGGACUCAAUGAUUCAUGGAGGAGACACAAACAUUGAGAGAUGCAGAUUUUUCUCCAGGAUACAGCAAUGAACCUCACAUUUUUGAAAUCCACAAUAACCUUAAGUCAAACCUGAGGAAGAAGUUUCAGUGUUUAUGGGGGGGAACAGCAAAGCAGGAAAACCAAACACUCCUGAAUGAGAUCUACACAGAGCUCUACAUCACAGAGGUUGAGUUUGGAGAGAUUAGUAAUGAACAUGAGGUGAGACAGAUUGAAACAGCAUCCAGGAGAACAGCAACAGAGGACACACCAGUCAAAUGCAAUGACAUCUUUAAACCUUUACCUGAACAAGACAAAGACAUCAGAAAUGUGCUGACAAAGGGAGUCGCUGGCAUUGGAAAAACAGUCUCUGUGCAGUAGUUUAUUCUGGACUGGGCUGAAGGGAAAGAAAAUCAGGAUGUACGCCUCAUAUUUCCACUUCCUUUCAGAGAUCUUAAUUUGAUGAAGGACAAAAAACUCAGUCUUUCAGAUUUUCUUCAUGUCUUCUUCACAGAAACAAAACAAAUGGAAAUAUCCAGUGAUGAAUAUAAGGUUGUCUUCAUUUUUGAUGGUCUGGAUGAGUGUCGUCUGUCUUUAGAUUUUACGAGCAAUGUGAGGUUGUGUAAUGUAAGUGAAUUGGCCUCAGUGGAUGUGCUGCUGACAAACCUCAUCAAGGGGAAUCUGCUUCCAUCUGCUCUCAUCUGGAUCACGUCCAGACCAGCAGCAGCUGAUCUCAUCCCCUCUGAGUGUGUUGAUCGAGUGACAAAGGUACGAGGAUUCAGUGAGCCACAGAAGGAGGAAUACUUCCGGAAGAGAAUCAGUGAUCAGAGUCUGGCCAAUAGAAUCAUCACACACCUGAAGUCAUCAAGGAGCCUCAACAUCAUGUGUCAUAUUCCAGCAUUCUGCUGGAUUUCAGCCACUGUUCUAGAGAGAAAGAUGGGUGAAGCAGAAAGUGGAGAGAUCCCCAAGACUCUGACUCAAAUGUACACACACUUCCUGAUCAUUCCGACAAACAUCAAACAUGAGAAGAACUGUGAGAAGAACGUGACAGAUGAGGACAUGAUUGUCAAACUGGGGAAACUGUCUUUUCAGCAGCUUAUGAAAGGCAAUCUGAUCUUCUAUGAGGAAGACCUGAGAGAGUGUGGUAUUGAUGUGACAGAAGCAUCAGUGUACUCAGGAUUGUGCACUCAGAUCUUCAGAGAGGAGUUUGGGCUGUACCUGGGGAAAGUGUUCUGCUUUGUUCAUCUGAGCGUUCAGGAACAUCUUGCAGCUCUAUAUGUGCACCUCUCCUUUACAAACAACAACAUAAAUGUGUUUGACCACUUUACCAAACCAAGUCUGAUGGCUAAAGCUUUGAAUUUAAUAAGAAGAUAUUCAUCAAAACAGGUUUCAUUAUCUGAGCUGCAUCAGAGAGUUGUGGAUGAAGCUUUACAAAGUCAGAAUGGACAUCUGGACCUUUUCCUCUGUUUCCUUCUGGGUCUGUCAUUUAAGUCUAAUCAGACUCUUUCACAAGAUUUAAUGACACAGACAGGAAGCAGCUUCCACAACAAUGAGAAAACAGUUCAGUACAUCAAACAGAAGAUCAGGAACAAUCUCCCUCUAGAGAAAUCCAUCAAUCUGUUUCACUGUCUGAAUGAACUUGGUGAUCAUUCACUAAUGCAGGAGAUUCAACAUUAUCUGAAAUCUGGAAGAAUAAGAGAAACCAAACUUUCCUCAUCACAGUGGUCAGCUUUAGUUUUUGUGUUGUUGACCUCAGAGCAGAAGAUGGAUGUGUUUGAUCUGACAGAAUUUGUUGGAGUAGGAAAUAAAGCAGAUGAAGUUCUUCUGAAGCUGCUACCUGUGAUUAAAGAAUCCAGAUUUAUUCAAUUGAGGGAUUGUGCUGUCACAGAUGGAGGUUGUGCUGCUCUGGCUUCAGCUCUGAGAUCAAACCCCUCACAACUUAGACAACUGGAUUUGUCUGGAAAUAAACUAGGAGACUCAGGAGUGAAGCUGCUCUCUACUGGACUUGAGAAUCCUCACUGUAAACUGGAGAUGCUGUGGUUGAAGGAUUGUGGUGUCACAGAUGAAGGUUGUGCAGCUCUGGCUUCAGCUCUGAGAUCAAACCCCUCAUACCUGAGAAAACUGAAUCUGUCGUGGAAUAAACUAGGAGACUCUGGAGUGAAGCUACUCUCUGCUGGACUGGAGAAUCCUCACUGUAAAUUGGAGAUGCUGGGGUUGGUGAUUUGUGGUGUCACAGAUGAAGGUUGUGCUGAUCUGGCUUCAGCUCUGAGAUCAAACCCCUCACACCUGAGAGAACUCGAUCUGUAUAAGAAUAAAAUAGGAGACUCAGGAGUGAAGCUGCUCUCUGCUGUAUUAGAGAAUCCUCACUGUAAACUGGAGAUACUGUGGUUAGUGAUUUGUGGUGUCACAGAUGAAGGUUGUGCUGCUCUUGCUUCAGCUCUGAGAUCAAACUCUUCAAACCUGAGACAACUGAGUCUGUCUGGGAAUAAACUAGGAGACUCAGGAGUGAAGCUGCUCUCUGCUGGACUGGAGAAUCCUCACUGUAAACUGGAGAUAUUGUGGUUGUAUGAUUGUGGUGUCACAGAUGAAGGUUGUGCUGCUCUGGCUUCAGCCCUGAGAUCAAACCCCUCACACCUGAGAAAACUGAAUCUAUCUGGGAAUAAAAUUGGAGAGUCGGGAUUGAAGCUGCUCUCUGAUAUAAAGAAAGACCCUCAUUAUAAACUGGAGACUGUUUGGUAUGGCAGUUCAAUCUUCUCAUGAGCAGCUGAGCAUGAAUAAGAGCCACCACAGAGACUCACAGUCAGAUAAUCAACAAAGACUCUCUGUCAGCAGAAUCAACAGAGACUUAACACACAGUGACUUUUUUCAAGAAUAAGCUGGUUUUCUGCAUUAAUUGGUCAUAAAAUGCGAUCUCAUUUUGAUCAAAGUUACAAGUAUAGACAAACACAAUGUGCUUAAGCUAACACACAAACAAUUAUAAUCUUUUAUGUCUGUAUUGAGCACAUCCCAUAACAUUCAUGCAUGUAUUUCAAUAAUGACAUUAUGUGUUACACCUUGUUGAAUAGACAAAUUGAAAAUGAAGUAGAAAAAAAAACUAAAUAUAAAUGUGAAAUAAUAAUAACUCAUUACAAUUCACUUUCUUGAGUUUAUGUUUGAGUGGAGGGGAAAAAAGUCAUCAAAUAAUUGAAAAAGUUAACAGAACGCAAUGUGUUGAAGGACAGUUUUGUCUCCAUACACCUAAAGCAUAUGCUUUCAUUCAGAAACCAAUUUGAGGAAGAAACCAAUUUGACCAAGCAGGGUACUAAUCAUAAAAUGUGAAUAUGAAAUUC